AUGCAUUCUCUUGAUUCGCUGGUGUGCCCUCCAAGCAGCGAUGAGCAGUACAUGCAGUAUCAGACGAACUCAGAGCUCUCCUAUACGUGCCCUGCCUGCCUGGGCCAUGCUCCUUGUGUUGCAACAGCAGCAGAGGCCACUCAAGAGCUCUGGUCUCGAUUCAAACGCCGUGUGGAGCAAAGCAAGGGAGGAGCAAAGGCAGGCGGGGAGGGGGCAGCAGAGGAGGCGGAGGAAAGCACUUGGUCGAGAAAGAGGGGGCAGCGAAAGAGGGGAAUGGCUUUGCUUCAUGCGAGGGAGGAGCAGCAGGAAGGGGACGCGGAGCGGGAGGGGAGAGGAGAGUGGGAAGGUGGAGGUGGUGAGGGGAGAGGGGAUGGGCAAGAGGGCGUUGACCAGGAGGAGGAGGAGCAGAGGGAAAAGGCUCCUCCUCCGUUUUCAGAGAGUGAGGGAGAGGAGAGUGGGGGGGAACGGGGAGGAGGAUUGGGUGGUGGUGAUGGUGUUGGUAGGAAGGGAAGGAGGGUGGGGGUGGGGUAUGUUGCAGGAUCUGUUGGAAAGGAGAAAGGGGGAGGAGAAGAGGGCUUAGGAAAGAGGAAGAGGAGGAAGGUGGUAGGGGAGGAGGAGGUGGGGGAAGGGGAGGGGGGAGGGGAGAGGAAGAGGAGGAGAUGGAAGAGUGGCAAAGAAGAGGAGGAGGCAAAGUUGGUUGAUGGGGAGGAGGGGGGUGAGGGAAGAGGGGAGGAGGGGAUUCGAGUGAGGAUAAGGCUGAAUAGGAAGAGAGGGGAAGGUGCAAGGGUGGAGGAGCAGGCGGGGCGACAUGAGGGGGAAAGUAGGGGUGAGGGGAGGGAGAGGAGGAAGAGGAAGGGAGAGCACGAGGAAGCAAAAGAAUGGGGCGAAAAGGGGGAGAAGGAUGGUUCGGGAAGGGAGGAGAAAAGAAACGAUGAGAGAAGUAUGAAGGAACGAGAUUCAGCAGAAAAGGCUAAGGAGUUGGGCGAGAGGAAAGGAGGGGAAGCAGGAGAGGGUGAAGAUUUCCAUGAAGAGGUGACGCACACCAAGAGGAGGAGGAAGGGAGGGAAGGAGGAGAAGGGGAGGGAAGGGGGCAAGGGAAGGCAGAGGAGGGAGAGAGAGGAGGUGGACAAGGCAAGGAGAGGAAAGAGUGGUGUGAGUGGUGUGACGCAAAAGGGGGUUGAGGAGAGGAGUGAGGGAGGCUUGCAAGAAGAGGGUGAUCAGGGGAGGGGCGAGGGUGUGGAUGGUUUGACCAAGGAGGGUGGAGCACAAAAAGUUGAGGGGCAUAGGAAAAGGCAUCGGGAGGUGCAGAGGGAAGCAGAGGAGGAAAAGUGUAAGGAUAACAAUGGAGACAGGGGAAAGGAGGUGGAUGGUGAGGGGAAGGAGCAAGCUGGGGAGAAACAUGGGGAGGAAAAAGUGGGGGCGGAGGAAGGGGUAGCAAUAGCGGGAGGGGGAGGGGCGAAGGAGGGAGGAGUGUUGGGGAAGGUGUGGAAGGGAAAGAGGAUGGGAAGGGGGGUGGGAAGGGGGAUAGCGUGGGAGAUGGGGAGGGGAAGAGGGGGGACAGUGGGGAUGGAGAUGGGGAGGGGGGCGGCCGGCAAGGAUGGGUCCAAAAGGAGGCCUUGGGAUGCCUCUGUCACGGCUGGCAGGCAGGAGGCAGACAGCAGGCAGCAGCUAGAAGCAGCUGCGGUCGGUGCUUCUGAAAGUGCUGCUGGCACUGGUGGUGGUGGUGGUGGUGGUGGUGGUGGUGGUGGUGGUGGUGGUGGUGGUGGUGGUGGUGGUGGUGGUGGUGGUGGUGGUGGUGGUGGUGGUGGUGGUGGUGGUGGUGGUGGUGGUGGUGGUGGUGGUGGUGGUGGUGGUGGUGGUGGUGGUGGUGGUGGUGGUGGUGGUGGUGGUGGUGGUGGUGGUGGUGGUGGUGGUGGUGGUGGUGGUGGUGGUGGUGGUGGUGGUGGUGGUGGUGGUGGUGGUGGUGGUGGUGGUGGUGGUGGUGGUGGUGGUGGUGGUGGUGGUGGUGGUGGUGGUGGUGGUGGUGGUGGUGGUGGUGGUGGUGGUGGUGGUGGUGGUGGUGGUGGUGGUGGUGGUGGUGGUGGUGGUGGUGGUGGUGGUGGUGGUGGUGGUGGUGGUGGUGGUGGUGGUGGUGGUGGUGGUGGUGGUGGUGGUGGUGGUGGUGGUGGUGGUGGUGGUGGUGGUGGUGGUGGUGGUGGUGGUGGUGGUGGUGGUGGUGGUGGUGGUGGUGGUGGUGGUGGUGGUGUGGUGGUGGUGGUGGUGGUGGUGGUGGUGGUGGUGGUGGUGGUGGUGGUGGUGGUGGUGGUGGUGGUGGUGGUGGUGGUGGUGGUGGUGGUGGUGGUGGUGGUGGUGGUGGUGGUGGUGGUGGGUGGUGGUGGUGGUGGUGGUGGUGGUGGUGGUGGUGGUGGUGGUGGUGGUGGUGGUGGUGGUGGUGGUGGUGGUGGUGGUGGUGGUGGUGGUGGUGGUGGUGGUGGUGGUGGUGGUGGUGGUGGUGGUGGUGGUGGUGGUGGUGGUGGUGGUGGUGGUGGUGGUGGUGGUGGUGGUGGUGGUGGUGGUGGUGGUGGUGGUGGUGGUGGUGGUGGUGGUGGUGGUGGUGGUGGUGGUGGUGGUGGUGGUGGUGGUGGUGGUGGUGGUGGUGGUGGUGGUGGUGGUGGUGGUGGUGGUGGUGGUGGUGGUGGUGGUGGUGGUGGUGGUGGUGGUGGUGGUGGUGGUGGUGGUGGUGGUGGUGGUGGUGGUGGUGGUGGUGGUGGUGGUGGUGGUGGUGGUGGUGGUGGUGGUGGUGGUGGUGGUGGUGGUGGUGGUGGUGAUGGUUCUGCUGGUGUUGGCGGUGCUAGUGUUGCUGGUUCUGGCGGCUCUCCUGGUGGUGGUGGUGCUGGUGAUGGAGGCGUGAGGGGGUUGAAGCUCAUGAUUCGCAAGUCGCAUGGGGGAGGAAUGGGAGGGAAAGGCAGGGAUGAAGACAACAGACAACCGGGGCGAGCAGCAGUGAGGCCAGGCGCCCCACAACCUCCUGCUCAUACUCCGCCUCGUCCCCCCCCCCGCUGCACCUCCCCCACAUGCGCCUGCAGCGCGGCCCUCACGCGCUCCACUGCCAGCUCGGGGCGGCAGCAUGCAAGCAGCACUCGGCGCGUGGCGGGGGAGGCGGCCAGCAGGCUGUGCAGCGCUGCUGCUGCCUGUGCGGGUGGGGGGAGGGGAGAGUGGAGAGAGCAGGUGGGCGCAGGUGGGAAUGAGUGCAUAUUGAAGCAAGCAGACAUGGAAGAAGGUCCCACCUUAUCCACCAUGUCCAGUCCUCUCCUGCCUCAGCCACUCCCAGAGAAGUCCCGACUCCCACACAAUGGCUACCCCGAGUGGCCUUGUCACCUAGCAGCAGUAGCUUAG